GUGACGUCAGGGACUGGAAAUUGCAGAGAAUCCAGAUUAGGAGGGUGAAGUAAACCCAAAGCGAAUGUGGAAUCGAACGCGAGGUGGGCAGGGACUGUGGGGAAGGCGUGCUGGAGGCCCGCGAGGGGCGGGGCUUUGUGCGCGGAGUCCGUGACGAGGUCUGGGAAGGGGCGGGGUGUUACCGGCUCCGGGAUCGCGGAGGUACCCGAAGCGAGGUAAAUCGUUCUUGUCGAGGAGGUAUAAAACGGAGUUGCUGCGUGCUCCAGCUAGCUCUUUGGGCCGCCGGUCUGCUGUCAGUCAUGUCCCUGAGAAGCAGCCUCUCGAGGCUUCUUCAGAAGCAAGCGCAUUCCGUGCUCAAGAAAUCCGUUCACUCGGUGGCCGUGAUCGGAGCCCCCUUAUCCAAAGGGCAGAAAAGAAGAGGAGUAGAACAUGGUCCUGCAGCCAUAAGAGAGGCAGGGUUAUUGAAAAGGCUCUCCAACUUGGGUUGCCGGGUAAAUGACAUAGGAGAUCUGCGUUUCACUCCUGUGACUGAUGAUGCACUCUACAACAAUCUGAUCGUGAAUCCUCGCUCAGUAGGCCUGGCCAACCAGGAGCUGGCGGAGGCGGUUAGCAGGGCUGUGUCUUCUGGUCACCGUUGCCUCACUAUGGGAGGAGACCACAGUACGGCAAUUGGAUCCAUUAGUGGCCAUGUCCGGCACUGCCCAGACUUAUGCGUUAUCUGGGUUGACGCUCAUGCUGACAUCAACACACCCCUUACCACUUCAUCUGGGUGUCUGCAUGGACAGCCAGUCUCCUUCCUUCUCAGAGAACUGCAGGACAAGGUACCAUCACUCCCAGGAUUCUCCUGGAUCAAGCCCUGCCUCUCAUCCCCAGAUAUUGUGUAUAUUGGCCUAAGGGAUGUGGAUCCUGCUGAACAUUUUAUUCUUAAAAAAUAUGACAUCUUGUACUUUUCAAUGAGGGACAUUGACCGCCUUGGAAUCCAGAAGGUCAUGGAACAGACAUUUGAUCGACUGAUCAGCAAAAAACAAAGACCAAUUCAUCUAAGCUUUGAUAUUGAUGCUUUUGACCCUUCACUGGCUCCAGCAACAGGAACUCCAGUUGCAGGCGGGCUGACUUAUCGGGAAGGCAUGUACAUUACAGAGGAGAUACAUAAUACAGGUUUGCUGUCGGCCCUGGAUCUAGUUGAAAUCAAUCCUCUCUUGGCUACUUCAGAGGAAGUGAAGGCCACAGCUGGGCUGGCCGUGGAUGUGAUCGCCUCAAGCUUCGGCCAGAAGAGGGAAGGACAGCACGAUGGUUAUGACCAUCUUCCCACUCCCAGUUCACCAGAUGAAUCGGACAGUGAAGAACGUGUUCGAAUUUAGGGAGUCAGUAUUUUUUCCACAAUGGGCAUUCCAGAAUUCUACGGAGGCACUUAAAGGGAUAUUAAAAUUGGCGAUGUCAAUACUGCCCUCAUGAGAGCAUUUUUCUCCCAAUUGUUUAAAAAAAAAUCCCUCAUUUUGGGUGACCAAUGUUACUGUAUUCUGUAACCGGCUUUAUUUAGUUCAUUGUGAGUUAAUAUAUUAGAAUGCUCUAUAAAUUUAAAGAAUAAACACAGCAUUUGUUACCUUGGUAUAGCACCCCAGCCUUGUUACUAUUAUUUCACAUUUCCAGUUGCUGUCUGCCUUCCCUCUUACACAGUCUGAGCGCUUAAACUGCCAGCCCAUAGCAGUGAAGUUGGUUCUUUAGCUCUUUGAUUUAGAGAUCCACAAGGAGAGUAAAGAGGUGGCAGGGAUUUU